AUGUGCUCAGAACGUCCCAUACACUGCCUCAUUUCCAGUCAUCCUCCCGCGGGCCAAACCCGUUUAUCUCUCAAACCCUCAAUCCAGCACCUACUUCCCCAAGCUGCCGACUCUUUCGUUCUUCCGUCGCUUUCACUUCGUAUCUCUCCCCUGCCAGCCACAUCUUGCCCCAUCUGCCCUCCCCAACACCCCCCUCCAUCGUCAUCCUCCCUCACCCACUUCACAGUUCGGCUGCGUGUCUCAAAUCGCCCAUCUCAUAGUGCAUUCGUUAGCAUUUUAGCAGGCUUGCCAGCUUGCACAUUCCCAUCUUUCACCAUAUUGCCCUCCCUGUUCAUCAGUUGCGCCCCUCCGCCCUUUAUCCCCAGCAGCAACUACGCCGUGUUCUUCCUCGGGAAAGUCAAGAUAGUUUACCGCAAGAUGAUAAAUGCCCUGGGGAGGAAGGGUCGCUCCCGUUCACGAAAGCGAGACAUCAAAUCAAACAGGUCCUUGAAGAGCGACACUCCGCCCCGUCUAUCCAUGCAGAGUUCCCCGCCCCCACAGGAACCUUUUGUAAAUCAUGGUUUGGACAAGUGGAAUAAGGACAGGCUCGCUUGGACUGCCACCGGUCCUGACUAUGUUCCGAAGCGCCCUCCGCCUUCAUCACCACAAAAUCAACUAGCAGAUGCUCAAGAAUUGUACAAUGCUCUUCUCAGGGAUCAGUAUCACCCGCUUCCAAGGAGCGUACCCCUCGGUGAGUUUAUUGGCAUCUUGCAACAUAUUCGCGAAGAAUCUUUAUGAUCCUACCCCAUGUUCAAGUCAAAGAGUGCUUUGCCCGUUCCUACACUCUACUUAAGUCUUGGUGAGCAUGUCCGGCCUUUUUGGAGAAAAUGCACUAUGGUCACCACGUUUAGGACAAACCUUCCACAUCCAACCCCUGCAGGAAUCAUGUCCUUACACAGGUUGGGAGCAAUCGUCGCGAUUGCUUCUUCCACGUGUCGCUGUGACACGGAAACAAUAUUGCUAUGCCUCUACGAGUGAGCUGAUAGAUCAUUCAUGUACAUCGGAGACAUGAACAAAAAGCAGACGUUGUCGACGCAAACUUUCACUGUUCUGGAGCAAAUGAAAUGUUUCAUACGGGCACUGGAAGCAGGUCACAACGGAAGCAGCCACGUCACAAGGCGGAAACGCUCAGCGAAGCCAGAUCGGUUGCUGCUUCCUUGUAGUUUCCUCACCCGCUUGCCUUAUUGACUCCUCCCUCAAGUUGCUCCAAUGCCUCCCUCUUCUUCCGCUCUAAAAUCAAGGCUUGAACGU